CUAGUUGCUUCCUGUAACUAUGAGAUAAAAAAAAAUCGCUGGUGUAUUUUCAAAUUUUUGAGUACGGGUCAAAAAUGACCCAGGCUGGUAGUACUAGGGUUAAUUUGGAAUUUUUUUUCCAGUGGUCACGGUCGUGGAGCUGUAGACGGAAUAGGAGGAACGGUGAAACGAUUAGUGUGGAAAGGUGUUAUGGCAAACAAAUGUAUCAUACAUAAUGCAAAAGAUUUCGUACGUUAUGCAUCUGCAGUUACCAAGAGCAUCAAUGUUAUUCUUAUUAAUACACAACAAAUUACAUCUCAAUCACCAUUACUUGAUCAACGUUGGGCUAAAGUUCGACCUAUUCCAAAUACUUUGAAAAUUCAUUAUGUUAAGUCAUUAUCACUCUAUAAUGUUGAAGUAAAACCAUUUUCUAAAUCAGCAGAUACAAAAACAUUCUGCCUUAAGUCAUAA